AUGCCAUCUUUCCGCGUGUUUGUCCUCCUCGUGAGUGCAGUGCUACUGCUCAACCGUGCUUGCUGUUCAAUCCCUACCGAACCAGUGGUCCCAACGUCUGACGAUCAAGCUCAGAAAUAUACGACCGCGGACAGCGUAUCAAGUGCCCCUGCUUCCGAUCAAGUUCUAGAGGGACGGGCUGAAGUCUCGGUCGGUUUCUUCAAAAAAUUGGUUGACUGGUUUAAAGGGAUCAUGGCCAAAUUUCCUCAGCUCUUCGGACUGUCUCGCCACCCUGUCAUGGUGGAAAUUCGCGAGGCUCCUGUCGUCUCAGGCACUCACCAAGUCCGGAGACCUGAACCGGACGUUCAAACUGAAAAUGUUGUCAAGGGUAACUUUGUGGAUAAGCUUGGCCAGCCUUCUGUCGAACCAGGCACGCUGCAUGUCCGGAACACUGAUGCUGAACCUCACCCUGUCAACAACGACAACCAUAUAACCAGAGCGGAUGGUGCCGUGAAAGCUGCUUCGACCGACCCAUCUCCCGAAUCACUCCCUCCUAUGCACAAGGUGUCUGACUGGCAUGGCAUUAUGACUUUUCUUGAAUUAGACCGCUUCAUUGCUAAUGUCAGAUCGCCAACUCAAAAACGGUUCGUACCUGACGAGGACUAUCUUGCUGAAGGGAAUUUUGCAUAUAGUAACCUCUCCCCUGAUCUGUACGAUGAAGCCUUUGUAAAGUUUGGGAGAAUGGGGGACGGUGACCGUGACCUUGCCAUGUACUUGUCACUUCGUUCGGGCCCCGGGGACAUACGUCUCAUUUUCAUUACCCUGAGCGCAUUAAAAUCAAAUUCUUAUGUAGAAGAGGGUAAAAAGUUGAUAGUCUACAUGAUGCAAGAUUGGGCCGCAAGGAGUUGGGGUCCUGAACAUGUCAAGAAUGAGUUGACGGAAAUUUUCGAAGCGAAUGAUCAAGCUGUUGUUACUGCGCUCGAUGUCCUGUACAACAAAUUUUUAGGAUUCACGCAACAGGCUUGA